CUACUUCUACUUUCUCUUUAGCUAUAUACCUAAUAUUGUUUUCAUAAGAAAAGAGUUCCAAUCAGAUCAAAUUGUUUUCUAACGCAAUGUAUUACGAUGGAUAUGACGAGGACGCCCUGGAUGAAAUUCUUCCGAGCCUUUUUAUCAGUGGAUUUGUCCCUGCCAAAGAUUUAGAACGAUUAGAAAAUCUAGGAAUAACUCAUAUUGUCAACUUAUCUUCCUAUGAAAAUAAUUUUCAUGGAAAAUUCGAGUACCUCAGAAUCCCUGUGGAAGAUUUUCCUAUGGCGGAAAUUCAUCCAUAUUUCGACGAAUCUCUCAAGUUUAUCGAAGGAGCCUUUUCAAAGAAUGGACGUGUUCUUGUGAAUUGUAAUGCAGGACAGUCUAGAGCAGGAACAAUAAUAAUUCUUUACAUAAUGAAAACGAAAGGAAUGACAUUUGAUGAUGCUCAAAAAUUCGCACAGAGUAAGAGAAAGUCAAAUGAAAUAUGUCCAAAUUCUGGAUUUCGAAGACAGCUUAUUGAAUACUUUAAAAAAUGAAUUUGAUCAGGGACGUUUGAUAAUGACAAUUUCCGUACAUUAAUGCAUUAUAAGGAUUAAAAAUUCAUAUAUACAUAAAUGUAUACUAGGAACGAAGUUAGAGGGGGUUGUGGUGAAGACCCCUCCCUGGAAUUUUCUGAGCUAUUAAAUUUAGUUGGUAAAGGUAAUGGAAAACUGAACUGGGGUUAUUCUUAGUUCGUCCAACAUUUUGUACUUAUGCGAUUUUUAAUUAUUUCCUUUGUGUAUCUUUUGAUCAAUUUUUUAAUUAUGUUUCAUAUACGAAGCAGAAAAUCAGAAUAUACACGCCAUACACUUUGAAAAUAAACCAAGAAAAGACAACCCUACACUAUUUCAUUAAAUUUUGCAAACUCAAAGAACUUUUUG